AUCUUUUCACUCACAGCUGCAUUUUACUUCACUGGCUGGACUAUAGGAGGAGGCAGGAGGGUGUGACCUCAGCCAUGUCCCCCAGACACCCAGGCCUGCCCCUUCCCAGAGCUGCCAUCCCCAUAAGCAUCUCUGAGCACGUGGCCCUCUGGAGCCUGGCUGGCUGCCUCCCGCCAGUGUGGGUGUUUGCACUUGAACACCUCCCUUCUGCCUUCCCACCGCCACCCCUCCUCCAGCCUCAGCUGUGGCCAGCCCCUCCCCCUCCUGUCCCCCGCUGCCUCCUUGCAGCCUCUCUCCCUCCUGGCAAAGCCCAGCCUGCUCCUAGCUGUCCAGGGCGCCUCAGCAGCUGCUUCCCUCCCUCCUUCCCUUCCUGGCUGCCUCUUCCUCCCCUCUCCUGCCCUCCUUCCCCUUUCACCCCAUCCCCUGCCCUGAACUCUGCAAACAUGAGGGUAUUGGCCUGUCUCCUUGCAAUACUGGUGGGGAUCCAGGCUAUAGAACGACUCCGCCUGGCUGAUGGCCCUCAUGGCUGUGCAGGACGCCUGGAGGUCUGGUACAGCGGGCGUUGGGGCACCGUGUGUGAUGAUGGAUGGGACCUUCGGGACGCCGCAGUGGCCUGCCGCGUGUUGGGGUGUGGAGGGGCACUGGCUGCCCCUGGGGGUGCCUUCUUUGGGGAGGGUACUGGGCCAGUGUGGCUCAGUGAGCUGGCCUGCCGGGGAAAUGAGGGGCAGCUGGGUAUCUGUCCCCACCGGGGCUGGAAGGCCCAUAUCUGUUCUCAUGAAGAAGAUGCAGGCGUCGUUUGUGUAGGUCAGCGUGCAGCUAACUCUAGAGAAGAUUCAACAUCCUUGUUGGAGGGGGCUCCAUGGCUGCCACUGUCUGUGCAGCUGAGCCCCGGCUCAGAGGAGCCCCCCAUUACUCAUGCUCCCCACCAGGCAGCAAGUUUCCAGAAUGGCCCCCGCAAGAAGAAUCACCGGCCACCCAAGCAGGCCAAGUCCACCCGGGCCCCUGUACUAACAAAUGGAGCUCCCCGCCAAGAGCGGCUGCGCCUGGUGUCAGGCCCUCAUGGUUGUGCCGGCCGCCUGGAAGUCUGGCACGGUGGACGUUGGGGCACUGUGUGUGAUGAUGGAUGGGAUCUCCGAGAUGCGGCAGUGGCCUGCCGCGAGCUGGGAUGUGGGGGACCACUGGCUGCCCCUGGGGGUGCCAGAUUUGGACCUGGCGAGGGACCCGUGUGGAUGGACGAUGUGGGGUGUGGAGGAGGGGAGCAGGCCCUCCGGGACUGUCCCCGAAGCCCCUGGGGCCGCAGCAACUGUGACCACACUGAGGACGCAGGGCUGGUCUGCACUGGUCCUGCACCCAGGCUGCGCCUUGCUGAUGGCCCCCACGGCUGUGCUGGCCGACUAGAGGUUUGGCAUGGUGGCCGCUGGGGAACGGUGUGCGACGAUGCUUGGGAUCUUCGAGAUGCUGCUGUGGCCUGCAGGGAGCUUGGCUGUGGGGGUGCACUGGCUGCCCCAGGUGGUGCCUUCUUUGGGGAGGGGGCUGGACCCAUUGUCCUGGAUGAUCUCAGAUGUCGGGGAAAUGAGACAGCCUUGCGAUUCUGCCCUGCGAGGCCCUGGGGCCAGCAUGACUGUCACCAUCGGGAGGAUGCUGGGGCUGUGUGUGAUGGCAUGCCUCUCGGUGAUGUGCAGCCCACAGCCCCGGCAGUGGGCAGCAACAUUUCAACACCCAGGCUUCUCUCGACCUCAGCGGGCCAGACCCCAGGCCCAGCAGGCAGCUGGCCUCUGCCUGCUUCUCCUACUGCUCCUCCAGAGCCUGGGCCCGAAGCUGGGUCCCCGAAGUUGCGCCUGGUGGCUGGACCCAGCAGGUGCUCUGGCCGGCUGGAGGUAUGGCAUGAUGGACGAUGGGGGACAGUUUGUGAUGACAGCUGGGACAUGAGAGACUCAGCUGUGGUCUGCCGAGAGCUGGGCUGUGGGGGACCUCGGCAACCAGACCCUGCAACCGGCCGCUUCGGCUGGGGUGCAGGCCCCAUCUGGCUGGAUGAUGUAGGUUGUGUGGGGACCGAGGCUUCACUGUCAGAAUGCCCUGCUGCUUCCUGGGGGAAACACAAUUGUGCCCACAAUGAAGAUGUCGGGGUCACCUGCACUGGCACCCCUGGCCUGGAUACUCUCUCAGACCCCUUCAGUUGGAGCUGGCUCCCUGGGCUGGAUGGAGAUCAGGAUGCCUGGCCCCCAGGGGAGCUGGCCACCAAGCCCUCUGCCAGCCUCACCUCCAGUGUGCUAGUGAGAACCACCAAGGCUCCAGGGAAAGUGCCCAAGAGUGCUAAGAAGUGGGUGACCAAAAAUGCAAAGAGACCAACCACUCAGCCUCCUGGGAUGCCAGCCACUAAACGCUCCAGGGUCCCAGGCACCCCGACGCCACGAACUCUAACCCCACGUACCUCUGAAUUACCGCAGAGACUGACUGCUGAGGCUCCUCUCAGGCAGACCUCACAGACCACUGUAAAGCUGACCCCUAGGAGCCCCUGGGAGUGGACCUCAGAGACUGUGUCAUCACUCUCCACUCAAGGUCCCCAAGAAGUGACUGCUAAGGCCACCAUCACGCAAAUCCCUCAGGCCUCCUUGGAGCCAUCUGGUGAGAACCCAGAAGGUUCUCUGGAAUCGUCCCAAGAUCCAGCCCCCUACCCAGCUGCUGGAGUCCCUGUGCCAUCAGGUCCCUUCCGGGUUCGUCUGGCCGAUGGGCCCAACAGGUGUGCUGGCCGGCUCGAGGUGUGGCAUGCUGGAUUCUGGGGCACAGUCUGUGAUGACAGCUGGGACCUUCGGGAUGCCACAGUGGCCUGCUGGGAACUGGGCUGCGGAAAGGUCCGGCCCCGAGUAGGCAAAACCCACUAUGGCCCUGGGACCGGGCCCAUCUGGUUAGAUGACAUGGGCUGCAAGGGAAGCGAGACCUCACUGAGCGACUGCCCCUCAGGGCCAUGGGGGAAGCACAACUGUGACCAUGAAGAAGAUGUGGUGCUUACCUGCACUGGCUACACAGAUGAUGAUGAUUAUCCCUCCUGGACCUGGGACCCUACUUCAGGAGAGGACCUGAUCAAAGGGACCACUAUGGUAGCCCGGCCUGGAUAUGCUCUUUCCCGGGCUACCACUAGGAACCCUGAAGUUCUCUCUCCAGCAACACAGAGCCUUCCUGACACAGAUUACUGGGGUAGUUAUGAGGUCCCCUGGACAUGGGAUACACCUGCAGGAAGGGGCCUGUCCAAAGGGACCCCCGCCACAACCAAACCUGGACCCACAGUUACCACUAGCGCCAGCAAGAGUCCAAGCCAUCCCUUUCCAGCUCCAAGGCCGCGCAUAGACACAGGUUUCCCAAGGAAGCCAAAAUUUGAGCGCCGGCUGCUGCAACCCACCCCAGCGAGGACAGCAUCCAGCACCUCAUCUCCAGCUUCCUCCACCUCACCAGAGCGUUCUGACUCACAGAUGACCUCUGGCUCCUGGGCACAGCCCAUCCCUGACUUGCCUUCAAAACAGGAGGGGACUACUGGCGCUCCCAAAACAUCUUCACUCACUCCAGGACUUUCUUCCCUGACAACCUCUGACUUUGCCAUGCUCACUCCUGAUGCUAGUUUGCUUCCAACUAGUACCCCAGAGCGUUCACACAGACCAACAUCCACCUCCCCUAAAGGGCUAACCCCUGACUCCUCUGUGUUAUCGGAAGUGACCACUGGCCUUCCCCCUACCUCAGAGCCGAUCCCAGGAUCUGAAACAAUCCCAGGCUUGGGCACAACACCCAAAAUAGUCCCAGAGAGUUCUGGAUCCUCAGAUUCCCCCAUGAACCCCAGAACCCCCACACAACCAUUCACAGCCUCUCAGCUCAGUAGUAGCCCUCAUGCUACCACCCCCUCUCACCCCAUCACCACCCCUCGCCCCACCACCAACCCUCAACUCACCACAACUUCUCACCCCACCAUGGCCCCUCGGCCUACCACAAACCCUCAGCGUCCCAAGACCCCUCAUCCCACCACAACUCCUGAACCUCCUGAACCUUCCACCAACACUCACCCUUCUUCAACCCGUGCCACCCCUACAAAGUCCCUUCCAUCCUCUCUGGAGACAGAAUUUCCCUCUCCCACAGCACAGCCAAGGGUCAAGCCUAGCCUACAACCGGAGCUCAGCUUUGUGGGAGUCCUUCCCCCAACCACACCCCAGAUGCAGGACCUAGAGGCCUCCCUAGCCCCGGAGUAUGACUCCUCCAGGCUUUCUCCAGCCAUAAGCAUAGACCCACUAUCCACUGAGGUCUUCAAGCCACCCAGCAGCCAGACUGUAUACUCAGCUUCUUACACCCACUCAGACCUUACACCUGUUGCUACCUCUGAUCUUCACCUCUCCUCUGUUGCCCAUGCAUCAGACCAACCUCCCCCUGAACACCUCACUCAAGGGCCAACCCCUAAUCACAAGCCAGGUCCCCUUGGGCCAUGCAUGUCCCCAGUUCCACCUGUAAGGGUCAUGGCUUGUGAGCCACCUGCCUUGGUGGAGCUGGUGGCUGCUGUGAGGGAGGUGGGUGACCAGCUGCGGAGGCUGACUCUGGUCCUGGAGCAGGACCGGCAGGAGCGCCAAGUCCUGAGGCUGGGCCUGGUCCAGUUGGCAGAGGCUGCCCAGGGCUUGGGGCAGCUGAGUGAGACUGUAAAGAGGCUAGCAGAUGUGGCCUGGCCCCCCAGCACACCUGUGCCGUCCACUACUACCACAGAGGAGGAGGAGAGGCCUCUGAGGGGAGAUGUGUAACCCAUUCUGAAAUUUGGCGUGCUUAAGGUAGUCUCAAACAAAAGAAACCAAUAU